UUUCCCGCGAAACGGAUCAAAUCGACUCCUCGUAUCUGAUGGUUAAACUAGAAUUCAUGUUUGGUUGAAUCUGGAGCAGAAACCCAAGAUGUUCUGUGAGAAAGCGAUGGAGCUGAUCAGAGAGCUGCAGCGGAUGGGUGACGGACAGCUGCCCGCUUUCAAUGAAGAUGGAGUUCGUCAGGUGCUGGAGGAGAUGAAGUCGCUGUAUGAACAGAAUCAAAGUGAUGUGAACGAUGCCAAAUCAGAAGGGCGAACCGAACUGAUUCCAUCCAUCAAGUUUCGUCACUGCUGCCUCCUCCGAAACCAGCGCUGUGUCACUGCUUAUCUCUACGACAGACUUCUUCGUAUCCGGGCUUUGAGGUGGGCAUACGGCAGUGUCCUGCCCCCAAACAUCCGCUUCCACAUGUGUGCAGAGGAGCUGGAUUGGUUUCACCUGUACAAGAAGUCUCUGGCGACCUUCAUGAGGUCACUGGGAGGAGAGGAAGGACUGGACAUCACGCAGGACAUGAAACCUCCUAAAAGUCUCUUCAUACAGGUGAGGUGUUUAAAAGACCACGGCGAGCUGGAAAUUGAUGACGGAACCAUCAUCCUUCUGAAGAAAAACAGUCAGCACUUCCUGCCAAGAUGGAAAUGUGAGCAGCUGAUUCGUCAGGGCAUCUUGGAGCACAUUGUUACUUGAGUAUAACUGACCUCCAUGAUGAACUGAGACAAGGAUGAGACUGUGAUGUCAUUGGCAUUGCUUCACACGUCUGGGCAUCUGGGAAUGAAUGCAAGAAACAUUCAACUUUUCAGCUCCUGGAAAAAGUGGCAAACUUACAUUUUCAGAACUACUAGUCAAGAAAUUAAAUCUAAUUUAAAGCUCAAGUUUUUAAAAAGUACAUUUUCAGAAACCUUUUUUCAAGAUUUAAAGAAGUCCAGACUGUGAUGUCAGCAUCUCCUCCUCAUCUAUCCUCCAGCCUGUCAAAGGUUAAAACACAUCCACCAUCUAUUCGGGUGAACCAAACUCACCUCAUGGCGUCAUGGCCGUCAAGUGUUUAAAACGGCUUUUCUUUGAUCAGUUUCUUCAUACCUGAAGGGAUUAAGAGUGAUUUGGGUGAAAUGUUAGCCUGAAAAAACCCUGAUAAAAUAAUCGUUGACUUUUUGAAACCACAAAAGAAAAUCUGAAGAGUUUGGCUUUUUUAAGAGUUCUCUAGAAACAUACAUUAGCAUCUUACAAAUCUGUAAAAGAAGCUCGCUCAACUUGUUCCAGUCCUACCGGGGGAUGUUUUCACCAGUGAGACAAAGACAAAGAUAUCAGAGAAAACAGACUAAAACUGCAGGGAUUCAAAUCAGAACCAGUAGUUUAACUAAACUCCCUGCUCAGCUUCAUCUUCAUUAUGGUGUCAUUUUUAUUUGAAAGAAGACUACCGUUGUGUUUCCAGAACGUUAAUUGUUUGUUAAUUCACUUUCACAUCCACAGACAUGGUGUGUUUGUAGAGUCCAGCACAAAUCUACAGCUCACUGCCUUUUACAACAAAGUACAAUCAGAAACUCGCAUGAUAACCAACAUCAUCAAGUCCUUCAUUAUUCCAGUCAUUUAGACAAAGACAGAAGACUUAACAGCAGUGCAUUACAGAAUGAAUGUAUCAAGACGUUACAUUUGUUCUUAUUAAUACUGUGCUUCUGGUUUACAUCUUAAUGAAAAACCUGAUUAA